CCUCGUCGUUUGAGAAUGAAGACGAUGUCCAGCUCUGGGGGGAAACAAGGACCUAAAAUAGUGUCCAAGUCCUCUUCGGGAGGCGGCGGGGCGGCGGGGGUUGGCGGUGGACCCCCGAUAAUGCCCCUCGCCUCUCCGCUCAUGGGCAAAAAGAAGAAGCCGUUUCUGGGGAUGCCCGCCCCGCUGGGCUACGUGCCUGGUCUGGGUAGAGGUGCUACUGGUUUCACCACCCGAUCUGAUAUCGGUCCUGCUCGUGAUGCCAAUGAUCCCGUGGAUGACCGACAUGCACCUCCAGGGAAGAGGACGGUCGGGGACCAAAUGAAAAAGAACCAGGAUGAUGAUGAUGAAGAUCUGAACGACACAAACUAUGAUGAGUUUAAUGGGUAUGCAGGCAGCUUGUUCUCCAGUGGGCCCUAUGAGAAGGAUGAUGAAGAAGCAGAUGCUAUAUAUGCAGCACUGGACAAGAGGAUGGAUGAAAGACGCAAAGAAAGAAGGGAGUUGAGAGAAAAGGAAGAAAUCGAGAAAUAUCGUAUGGAGCGACCCAAAAUCCAGCAGCAGUUUUCGGAUCUAAAGAGGAAGCUGGCAGAGGUGUCAGAGGAGGAAUGGCUGAGCAUCCCCGAGGUCGGAGAUGCCAGGAAUAAGCGCCAGAGAAACCCCCGCUAUGAGAAACUCACCCCCGUCCCCGACAGCUUCUUUUCCAAACACUUGCAAACUGGAGAGAACCACACCACUGUUGACCCUCUGCAAGGGUUGGGAGGUCUGAACACACCUUACCCCGGAAGCAUGACACCAGGCACAGGAGAGCUGGACAUGAGGAAAAUUGGUCAGGCCAGGAACACACUCAUGGAUAUGAGGCUCAGCCAGGUGUCUGACUCAGUAAGUGGACAGACAGUGGUGGAUCCUAAAGGUUACCUGACCGAUCUCAACUCCAUGAUCCCCACACAUGGAGGAGAUAUCAGUGACAUUAAGAAGGCUCGUCUGCUACUGAAAUCCGUGAGGGAGACCAAUCCUCAUCACCCCCCUGCCUGGAUUGCCUCUGCCAGGCUCGAGGAGGUGACUGGCAAACUGCAGGUGGCCAGGAACCUGAUCAUGAAAGGCACAGAGAUGUGUCCUAAGAGUGAGGAUGUGUGGCUGGAGGCAGCCAGGCUGCAGCCAGGUGACACAGCCAAAGCCGUGGUGGCCCAAGCUGUCCGCCACCUGCCACAGUCGGUCCGCAUCUACAUCAGAGCUGCAGAGCUGGAGACGGACAUCAGGGCCAAGAAGAGAGUCCUCAGGAAGGCCCUGGAGAAUGUGUCCAAGUCGGUUCGACUGUGGAAGACAGCUGUGGAGCUGGAGGAGCCAGAGGAUGCCAGGAUCAUGCUGAGCAGAGCCGUGGAGUGUUGCCCUACUAGUGUGGAGCUGUGGCUGGCUCUGGCCCGGUUAGAGACGUACGAGAACGCACGUCGUGUCCUCAACAAAGCUCGUGAAAACAUCCCCACCGAUCGCCACAUCUGGAUCACUGCAGCAAAGUUGGAGGAAGCUAAUGGCAACACUCAGAUGGUGGACAAGAUCAUCGACAGAGCUAUCACUUCGCUACGUGCCAACGGCGUGGAGAUCAACAGAGAGCAGUGGAUACAGGAUGCAGAGGAGUGUGAUAAAGCAGGCAGUGUGGCAACCUGCCAGGCCGUGAUAAGGGCCGUCAUUGGGAUUGGCAUUGAAGAGGAGGACCGCAAACACACCUGGAUGGAGGAUGCAGAUAGUUGUGUGGCCCAUGGAGCGCUGGAGUGUGCCAGGGCCAUCUACGCCCACGCUCUGCAGGUGUUCCCCAGUAAAAAAAGUGUCUGGCUGAGAGCUGCGUACUUUGAGAAAAAUAACGGCACCAGGGAGUCUUUGGAGGCUCUGCUCCAAAGGGCCGUGGCUCACUGUCCCAAGGCCGAGGUCCUGUGGCUGAUGGGGGCCAAGUCCAAGUGGCUGGCUGAGGAUGUGCCCGCAGCUAGAAGUAUCCUGGCUCUGGCCUUUCAGGCCAACCCAAACAGUGAAGAGAUCUGGCUGGCUGCUGUUAAGCUGGAGUCUGAGAAUAACGAGUAUGAAAGAGCCCGUCGACUGCUCGCCAAGGCGCGAAGCAGUGCCCCAACAGCCAGGGUUUUUAUGAAGUCAGUGAAGUUGGAGUGGGUGUUGGGAAACAUAGAAGCUGCACAGGAGUUGUGCACUGAGGCCCUGAAGCACUACGAGGACUUCCCCAAACUUUGGAUGAUGAGAGGUCAGAUAGAAGAGCAGUGUGAAAACAUGGAUAAGGCCAGAGAAGCCUACAACCAAGGGUUGAAAAAGUGUCCCCACUCAGUGGGCCUCUGGCUGCUGCUGUCUCGUCUUGAAGAGAGAGUGGGACAGCUGACGAGAGCCAGAGCAAUCCUGGAGAAGUCACGACUAAAGAACCCCCAGACCCCCGAGCUAUGGUUGGAGUCGGUCAGGCUGGAGUUCAGGGCUGGACUGAAGAACAUUGCCAACACACUGAUGGCCAAAGCCCUGCAGGAGUGCCCCAAUUCAGGUAUCCUGUGGGCUGAGGCGGUGUUUUUGGAGGCCAGGCCCCAGAGGAAGACUAAGAGUGUGGAUGCUUUGAAGAAGUGUGAACACGAUCCCCAUGUUUUGCUCGCUGUAGCCAAGUUGUUCUGGAGUGAGCGUAAGAUCACCAAAGCCAGAGAGUGGUUCCUGAGGACGGUAAAGAUUGAGCCAGACCUGGGAGAUGCUUGGGCUCUUUUCUACAAGUUUGAGCUGCAGCACGGCACAGAGGAGCAGCAGGAAGAGGUGCGAAAGCGCUGUGAGAAUGCCGAGCCCCGUCAUGGAGAGCUCUGGUGUGCCGAGUCCAAACACGUCCUGAACUGGCAGAAGAAGACAGGAGAGAUCUUAGCGGGUGUAGCCAGCAAGAUCAAGAACACAUUCUGAUACGGAGGAAAUUUGGACUGAAAACACCUUGAGGACUCUGGCAGUCACCAGUCUAACAGGAUUAACAGUUAUGGACAUGCUCAACUAUUGUUUUCUACCAGGACUUGCCCAUCCGUGGCACAUACAAAGUAUUCACCCAUACCCUCCUUUUUUAGGUUUUAUUGUUUUACAAAAUGGAAUCACAGUUUGUGUACUCAUCAACAGAGUUUGUUGAUUUAAUGUCAAAGUAAAAAAACAAAUUAAAUACUGAAAAUCACUGAUACCUCUGAUAAUGGCAAACUCUUCAAUGUGCAACAGAAGUAGUUUGUGGUCUUUCAGCCAGCAGAGCUGCACUCAGCCACUCCAGGACUUAGUAUUGUUGGUUUUAGCCAUUCCUGGUUAAUUUUGCUUUUGUAUUUGUCAUAUUAGUCUUGCUGUGAAAUAAACAUUCUCCCAAGUCUGUUCCCAGGCUUCUGCAGGUUGUUCUCUGGGAUCUAACUGUUUUUUUUUUGCUGCAGUCAUUUUACUCUGAGCCUGCAACAGAGAAGACUCCCCACAGUAUAAGGUCAUUAAAGUAAAUCUAAUCUCGCACUGAACUGGAUAUUGAGUUGGGAGUUGAUGCUGAAGAGGUCUCAUUUUCUUCUCAUUAGACUGUAUAACCCUUGUCCACUCUAUUUAAGUCUCCCAUAUGCCAUCUGGUAAACAGAAGUUCAGUUGUUUCAUGAGCAGUUUGUUUCUCCUGCAACAUUACAGACAGCUGCACCUGGUGGAUCACCACGGCAACAGUGCAUAGUAAAGAGAAACACACCUUCUGGCUUCAUUUGUGUAUCUGUAAAUCAACAUUUAGCACACUUUCUAAAGGCAAAAUGUUAUUUUACAGAUUAUAAAUGUAUUACAGGGGAUUAAAAAAUAGUCAAUCGGUUAUUUUUGUUUUAUAUUUCUGCUAAAUUAGAAAAAAUACAUUGUUUUGUUUUCACUUUGACAUUAGUCUAUUUUUCUCCUGGUUUGUGUUAAAAUGAUGAUUUCAUUGUGGUUAUUGUGCAAAUUGUAAAACAAACCUGAACUUAAAACAGGUUGAGUCCACCUUUACAUUAUCUUUGGAAUUAACUAUGAGGAUCAGCCGUUGACAAAACUUGUGGUUGUUAAAAAAAAAAAAUCUGAAUUUUUUUUAAGGAAUUUUAUUUCCAUGUCCAGAUUUGUUUAGUAGUGUAUAUAAACUCCUUGUCAGGGACUAUUACAUGAUUUCUCAUGCUGCAUAUGUGGUCUGUUUUUUUUAUGUAGUUUGCUUGAAAUGUGUUGAAAUACUUUGCAGGCGUCUAAUAAACAAAAAAUGCCGUUUGUUGAAACAU